AUGCUUCAUUCGACAAAAUUAGUCUUCAGGGCUACGCCACAGGCAUUAUGCUUCCCCGUGCGGUCUUAUUCACGUUAUGUCAGAACUGUACCAAAAACUGCAUCGGCAAAAACUACAUCUAAACUUGCACCUUCCAUCACAACUGAAGAUGAAGUAGCAGAGCAAGACCCGUCAUUGCAAGAACCACAAAGUGCUACAUCAACUGCGUCAUUUGCCUUUCAUGAUGCUCCACCUGAAACGAGGUCGGUUUUAAACUCUUCAACCAACAACAAUAUCGAUUGGUCGGAUUCUUAUCAUGGACUAGGCUCGCAACCAUUUUCAAGAGAAAUUGCUGAUAUAUUAUUAGCACCGAUUAAAGAUCAGGACAUUGAGAUCAAACCCGAUGGGCUUUUGUAUUUACCAGAAAUCAAGUAUCGUCGAAUUUUAAAUAAGGCAUUUGGACCAGGAGGUUGGGGGCUAGUACCGCGUACCGAAUCGCUUAUCACGAAAUCACAAAUUUCCCGCGAAUAUGGCUUGAUUUGUCAUGGAAGAUUGAUUAGUAUAGCUAGAGGAGAGCAAGAUUAUUUUGGUGGUGAAGAAAAAGUCACUACGGCAUUGGAAGGAUGCAAGAGUAAUGCAUUGAUGAGAUGUUGCAAAGAUUUAGGAAUUGCUAGUGAGUUAUGGGACCCUGGUUUUAUUAGGAAAUGGAAGGCCAAGUAUUGUGAAGAAGUGUUUGUUGAACACGUUGUUAAUAAAAAGAAGAAAAAGUUGUGGAAGUUGAAGUCAAACAAGAAGAUAGAAUAUCCGUAUAAACAAUUGUAA